GGCUGUGCAGCUCUCCUCAUUUUGCGCGGGCCCCACAACCUGCCAUAUAUGUCGCCUGAAUUAAUACUCGGCCGACCGCCAUGGAUUUCUUUCUCUCCCACCAGGUUAACCCAAGCUCACUCACGGCUUAAAGGACUUGGAUCAGCUAUAAACAAUCACAAGCCAGAACCCGCACGCUAUUACCUCAUCCCCCGAGCCUCUCUCGGACAGCACGUCGGCAGCAGUGACCCCCAAGCCAACACUGUCAGCGGUUCCUGGCCCAUCAAUAACAGCCAUAACAUAAGACAACUAUUGCACAGCCCUGCCCUCCUCCCAGCUCAUGCCCGCAACAAAAUUCCCCGGAUCAUCCCAGUUCCUCGUCUCAGCAGCACACCCCCUUCCCAAGGAUACAAGCCCGGCCCCUUUUUGUACACCAGGUGCUCUCACCUGGCUCGCUGCGACAACUGGCGACGACAGCGUUCCGUCUUUGGUGGGAACCUUGCUCCUGGGCGUCUGCUUUGGGACAGCGUCUCGUACGCUCUGGCCUAAUGAAGCAUUAAUCACAAGGGACUCUCGUCCCAAAGUGAGCAUCAGGGCAGAGCCAAGACAGGAGUACGCCCCCUCUCCCCAGCCCGGCUUGUGACUCUGUUCUGAAUCCGUGGG